GAACAGCCGAGUCUUCGCCGAUGACGCUAUGCUCAGUGUCUGAAACCAUCGCGGUGUUGACUGUAGUUUAGUACACACGUCAGUCUCAAGUGCUCCCGCAGUCACUGGAGGCAAUACGAAAAGACUUCAGCUGGUUUUAAAAGAACCAGCAAAGUUAUUUAAAUGCUGUCUGUCUCGUCAGUUCAGGAGGGAUAUGUGUAUAUGUAUUGACAUUUUCUAUUCUCAGUUUAUAGUGUGACCUUUGAAUAACCCCUAUGUUGACUAGCUUAAAGAAAGUAGACCUUUAGUCAUUUCUAAAAAUAAUGUGAACCCUCCCUAUUGUAGAAAAAGGAAUUUGAUAUUCUGAGCCGUUCCGCGUGUUUCCCAGAGGAAUGUGAACCUGCAUUGUCUUUAACUUCCCUUUUUAUGUGGCAAUGUUCCCUAUACAGACGAGACCAUAAAGUGAUAAGAAUUGCUGCAAAUUGUGUGGGAAAACAAUUGCCCACGAUGAUUGUUAAUGACCCCCGGUGAGUGACCGCAGGAAGCUCCAUGGUGCGCCUUGAUAUGGAUUUAAAUGCAACUACAACUUCCUUAUAAUGGCCCCUCCCUGUGUCCUUAUGCCGCCCCGCCUUUUGUCAAGUAUCAACAGGCAAACUCCAGGAGUCCACACCCCGGCACGGCGCACUCACGCCUCCUGCAGCAGUUGAGAUCAGCAACUCGGAUCGGAGCCGCAGAUGUGCUGGAAUCUACUUUGCGGGACUCAUUUGUCCACAGACCUGCUUUUGAAGAGGUUCUCAUGAGCCACCAGGGUGGGGGGAUGGGACUGGGGUCCUUGUGACGCAAUCAUCCACUGCACAGGAGUUUGGGGAUGACUGUCGACACCGCCUGUUCUACUGAUAGUGACAUAAGGAGUGGCUGCUGUGGUGGUUCCUCAACAUUUGGAGUGUUACAGAUAGGGAAACUGGAGGGAAGCUGAUGCGGAAUUGCUAGUCUUACAGGUUUCAACUUGUUUUUUUCAACAAUGGACCUGACUUUGUGGCAGUACCAGUUCAGGAUCAUCAUGCUGGGGGACUCCACGGUGGGAAAGUCUUCCUUGCUGAAGCGCUACACUGAAGACCUGUUCCUGGAGUCCAUCAACCAGACGGUGGGUGUCGACUUCUACGUUCACUUCCUGGAGGUGGAGCCGGGGGUCCGUGUCAAGCUUCAGUUCUGGGACACAGCUGGACAGGAGAGGUUCAGGUCAGUGACCCGUUCUUAUUACCGCAACUCCGUCGGAGGUCUGCUGGUGUUCGACAUGACCAACCAAGCCUCCUUCGACAACAUCAAGGAGUGGCACGACGAGGUGUGCGAACGAGUGCAGCCGAACAAGGUUCUGUUCAUCCUGGUGGGGCAGAAAAGUGACCGUGACGACCAGGGGGCGAGGGUGGUGAGUGUGGAAGAGGCUCAGAAACUGGCCGGGCAGCUCGGGGUGCCCUACGUGGAGGCCUCUGCCAAGACGGGGCACAACGUGAAGGACACCUUUGAGCUGCUCACCCGGCGGGUCUACCAGGGGCUGCUGAGCGGAGAGGUGCAGCUGCAGGAGGGCUGGGACGGGGUGAAGUGCGCCGCACCUCGGGCGCUGCAGCUGCAGAGAGCCGGCCUGGCACAGCGCGACAAAGACCGCCGCAACAAGUGUUGCCGUUGAGCCGACUCCAUUUGUGCAUAAGAUGACAUUUUAACAAUUUAGUAAUGUGGGACUGAUUUUGAGAAAAAUAUUUUUGGUGUAUUCAUAUGUACAAAAGCUUUGACAUUCCUGAAAGGGCUUAAGAUUUAACUUAAGAAAUAAUGGUGUCUAAGUGAUCUUGUUGCCGUGGCGAUGUUGGUUGGUUACCGCCUCUUUGGUCCCAACGGAAGAACCUAUGAACGCGUUAAACUAUUUGAUGGUUUGCCAUGACAUUUUGCAACAUUCAGGGUCCCCUGAGGAUGAUUUGGCCUGAGUUUGUGAUCCCCAUCACCGGCGGGCUGACCCGUUGUUUUUUAUGACAACUAUCGCAUGGAAUGCUGGGAAAUUUGCUCCAGGUGUUCAAGGUCCCUUAACUUGUAAUACAGCGCCAUCAUUAGGUCAUUUACAUUUGCCCAAUUCUUUGGUUUAUGAAAACUAACAUAGAUGUACUUGGUGUUGUGCGCAAAUUGACACCCGUUGGCAUGCUAACAAGCUAAACUAAAGGUGUGAGGAGGAUGUUGAACAUGGAAACUAUAUUCGCUGCUUAACAUCAGCAUGUUGGCAUCUGCUCGUGUUUAAUUGCCGAGUCUAUAAAUGUUUCUCUUGAUACGAAACAGAUCCGUGCUUUCUUAUGCGAGACGUUAGCCAACUGUAGGAGACAUUCUGCGUCAUCCUCUGAACCCUGUUCUGCAUAAACCAUAAACAUCUGGGAUAUUGUCCAUGUUGCUCUUCCCGUUGAUUGACAGCCGUUCCAAUACAGGGUACCCCGAUUGAGUUUCAAAAUGUCCCCCUAUGACUAUUUGAUUUAAUGCUUAGGGCUUAAGUAUUUAUCUGGAAAAGGUUUUGUUGCAUCACCAGUAAUUGCACAGCAUGCUCAGUGAGUGUUUUCAGGUGCUGUAGAAUUAAUUAAAUGAAACACCUCCAGUGCCUUUGGAUAUUGUUGUUUUGAAAUGUUGAGGUUUCCAUAGAAACGACUGUCCGUCUGCCUGAUAAACAGCAACAACAAAAUAAAAAUUGUUUUCCAAAAGA